UGCCAGAGCGUGACAAUGGAUCAGCUGUUUUUGCCUGUUGUUUUGUGUUUUCUGUUACUGAUGAUUGUAUCCAUAGAAAAUAUCGUACGAUAUUAAUUAUUAGUAAGACCACCGGGAUGCACCAUGAUUGGCGGUAUAACUCCAUUAACCGUUACACCAGCUGACGAGGAACUGGCCCAGGCAUCUAUCGACAUUAUUGAAAUACUCUUCAAGCCUAAUUUCCAUGCAGUCGGAGCAGCUCUGCGGACGAAAUCCGGAAAGUUGUACACAGCUGUACAUCUGGAAGCGGGUAUCGGGAGAAUCGCGGUAUGCGCGGAAGCCAUCGUUCUGGGCAAAGCUAUCUCCGAGGGCGAAACGGAAUUCGAUGCGAUUGUGGCUGCACUACACCAGGACGAUGGAAAAGUCAACGUGUGCUCUCCGUGCGGAAUGUGCCGCGAAUUACUGACGGAUUAUCAGAAGGAUAUCGACGUGAUUCUGUUGGAGAAUGGCAAACUGCUCAAAUGCAAGAUGAUGGAUUUACUGCCUUUGAAAUAUUCCGGCGUAGGAACGUAACCAUUGCUGUUUAAAACAUUAAUUGUUUUCCGCACUGCAUGAUUGAUGGAUUUCCGCAUCAUUUUACGUACGAAUUUCAGGUCCACGCUUUGCUUCGAUUUUUGCAGAUCGAACAGCGAGUCGCCGAGUAUAUGUACCAUUGUUUCAAUAAUAAUUGAGUUUUCAUUUUGUAAUUUUUUUCUGAAUUGUUUUGCGCUUUUAUUUUGUAUGGAUGGUUAUGUGCUAAUAAGUAAUUCUGUGAUUUUUAAGGAACAUUUUACGCAAGUGACCAUUUUACACAAGUUUUACUUACUUGCCUUUGUUUUAUUGAGUUCUUCUUUCAUCACGCGAAAUAAAUUUCACAU